GCCUCCUCGCUGUGGAGAGCUCCGUGCGUUUCUCUUCCCCUCUGUCCGCUUCAGACCCAUAUUCCACUGGGAAGGAGAGAGAGAGAGAGAAGAGAGAGGGAGGUGAGUGAGUGAGAGUGUGUGUGAGAGAGUGAGAGAGAGAGAGAGAGAGAGCAGGACCUGGGAGAAGAGCACGUAAAGAAAAAGAGGAGAGGAAAAACGCAACAACGACACAAAUGGCACUCAUGGCAGGGAUUUUGUUCACGGCUACCCUUCUUAUUUCUGGGAUUUCUACAGCAGUUUCUUCGACACGGAUAUAUCCCCCAAAUGAAGUCACGUUAUUGGACUCCAGAGCUGUACAGGGGGAGUUGGGAUGGGUCUCCCAACCGACAGAAGGAGGGUGGGAGGAAGUGAGUAUUAUGGAUGAAAAGAACAUCCCCAUUCGGACGUACCAGGUGUGCAAUGUCAUGGAGCCCAAUCAAAACAACUGGCUCCGCACUGACUGGAUCCCCAGAGGAGGGGCCCAGCGUGUCUACAUUGAGAUUAAGUUCACCCUCCGAGACUGCAACAGCCUCCCGGGUGUCAUGGGAACCUGCAAGGAAACCUUCAAUCUUUACUACUACGAGUCCAACAACGACAAAGAGCGCUACAUCCGCGAGAACCAGUUCGGCAAGAUAGAUACCAUCGCUGCAGAUGAGAGCUUCACUCAGGUGGACAUCGGCGAUCGUAUCAUGAAGCUGAACACAGAGGUCCGGGAUGUGGGAGCCCUGACCCGGAAGGGUUUCUAUUUGGCCUUCCAGGAUGUUGGGGCGUGCAUUGCGCUUGUUUCUGUCAGGGUCUUCUACAAGAAAUGUCCUUUAGCUGUGCGCAAUUUGGCUCAGUUUCCAGAUACCAUCACUGGAGCCGAUACUUCUUCUCUUGUGGAAGUUCGUGGUUCAUGCGUGGAUAAUUCAGAGGAAAAGGAGGUGCCUAAGAUGUAUUGCGGGGCUGACGGUGAGUGGUUGGUGCCCAUUGGGAACUGUCUGUGCAACCCUGGAUAUGAGGAGCGCAGUUCAGAAUGUCAAGCUUGUAAGAUUGGUUACUACCGUGCUCUGGCCACCGACGGCGCCUGUUCCAAGUGUCCUCUCCACAGUUACUCUGUCAGGGAAGGCUCCACCUCCUGUGCCUGUGACAAGGGAUACUUCCGCUCUGAAACGGACCCGGCAUCCAUGCCCUGCACCCGCCCUCCAUCGGCGCCUGUGCAUCUCAUCUCCAAUGUGAACGAGACCUCUGUAAACCUGGAGUGGAGCCCACCCCGGAGCUCUGGGGGUCGCCAGGACUUGACAUACAAUGUUGUGUGUAAACGCUGCGGUUCUGACGGGCGGCGCUGUCAACCGUGCGGUAACGGAAUCCACUUCAGCCCCCAGCAGCUGAGCCUUAAAGGAACCAGGGUGUCCAUCAACGAGCUGCAGGCCCACACCAACUACACCUUCGAGGUGUGGGCGGUGAACGGAGUCUCACCUCAGAGCCCAGGACCUGAGCAGGCCACGUCAGUGACAGUCACCACCAACCAGGCCGCUCCCUCUCCAGUGACUUCCAUCCAGGCCAAGGAUAUCACAAGACACACCAUCUCACUGGCCUGGCAGCCACCAGAAAAAGCCAACGGAGUCAUCCUGGAGUAUGAGGUCAAGUACUAUGAGAAGGACCAGAAUGAAAGAAGCUAUCGCAUCAUAAAAACCUCAUCAAGGAGCACCGACAUCAAGGGCCUCACCCCCCUCACCUCCUAUGUUUUCCAUGUGCGGGCUCGCACAGCAGCCGGAUAUGGAGAAUUCAGUGGCCCGUUUGAGUUCAUGACCAACUCGGUCCCAGCUCCCAUUAUCGGCGACGGGGCCAACUCCACGGUGUUGCUGGUGUCAGUGGUGGGCAGCGUGGUCCUCCUCCUCAUCCUCAUCAGUGCUUUCGUCAUCAGUCGACGAAGGAGUAAGUACAGUAAGGCCAAGCAGGACUCUGAUGAAGAGAAGCACUUACAUCAAGGAGUGAGAAUAUAUGUUGAUCCCUUUACCUAUGAAGACCCCAACCAAGCAGUCCGUGAGUUCGCCAAAGAGAUCGACGCCUCCUGUAUCAAGAUUGAGAAAGUGAUUGGUAUUGGGGAGUUUGGAGAGGUCUGCAGUGGGCGCCUAAAGAUGCCGGGCAAGAGGGAGAUCUGCGUGGCCAUAAAGACUCUGAAGGCUGGCUAUACUGACAAACAGAGGAGGGACUUCCUGUCUGAAGCUAGCAUCAUGGGCCAGUUUGAUCAUCCCAAUAUCAUUCACCUGGAGGGUGUGGUCACCAAAUGUAAACCAGUGAUGAUUAUCACAGAGUACAUGGAAAAUGGAUCGCUGGAUGCAUUCCUGAGGAAGAAUGACGGCCGCUUCACAGUCAUCCAGCUAGUCGGCAUCCUGCGCGGCAUUGCUUCAGGCAUGAAGUACCUGUCAGACAUGAGCUACGUCCACCGUGACCUGGCCGCACGCAACAUCCUGGUUAACAGCAACCUGGUGUGCAAGGUGUCCGACUUCGGCAUGUCCCGAGUUCUGGAGGACGACCCCGAGGCUGCGUACACCACCAGGGGAGGGAAGAUCCCCAUCCGCUGGACGGCCCCGGAGGCCAUCGCUUAUAGGAAGUUCACCUCGGCCAGCGACGUGUGGAGCUACGGCAUCGUCAUGUGGGAGGUGAUGUCAUACGGCGAGCGGCCAUACUGGGACAUGAGUAACCAAGACGUGAUCAAGGCCAUCGAUGAGGGCUAUCGGCUGCCCCCGCCCAUGGACUGCCCCGUGGCCCUCCACCAACUCAUGCUGGACUGCUGGCAGAGAGAGAGGGCCGACCGGCCAAAGUUUGGGCAGAUAGUCAACAUGCUGGACAAACUGAUCCGCAACCCCAACACCCUGAAGAGGACUGGGGGAGAGACCACCGUCAGGCCCGCCACCACCCUACUUGAGCCAGGGAGCCCCGAGGUGUCCGCGGCUGUGGGCACAGUGGAGGACUGGCUGCAGGCCAUCGGCAUGGAGAGAUACUGUGACAACUUCACAGCUGCCGGCUACACAACUCCAGAGGCAGUGGUCCACAUGACACAAGAGGACAUGGCACGCAUAGGCAUCUCCUCCGCAGCGCACCAGAACAAGAUCCUGACCAGCGUCCAGGGAAUGCUGUCCCAAAUGCAACAGAUUCAAGGCAGAAUGGUUCCCGUCUGAGAGAUUAAAACAAAGAAAAAGGAAGCAAAGUGACUUUUGUUUCUUAUGAAAAAAAAAAAAAUCAUAAAUAACAAAAAAGAUUAAAUAUAAAAAAAAAGAGACAAAUCAACUAUGAAGAAAUAGUUUACCUCAUCCAUGCACUUUAAAUUGGAUCUAAAAGAAAAGAAGACAUUGAUGAAGAAGAAAAAAAGUGUUGAAAAUGGCACCUUUUUUUUCAAAAAUCAUACCUUUACCUUGCCCUUUUAGUUGUUUUGGAGAAUGGGACACUUCUGUCUGCAGCAUUUAUGGAUAGGUGGAGGGACGGCUGGAAAAGUGCUUCCGAGAGGCCAAUCUGGAGUGCCUUUAAUGGUCUGGAAUGAAAAGUGAGGGAGGGACGGAGGGGGGGGGGUUGGAAUCCUACCUUUUCGUCCUCCUUUUGCAGAGAGUGUUGUUUCUGGAACUUUCUCUCUGGAAUAACCCGCAGAGCAGAUUUUUUUUGCUUUUCUGUGACUGUGUUUAUUGUAUAUGAAUUGUUUCUGUGGGACUCAGAGGCUGCCCCGGCCACCAUUGUUCUCUCUCUCAGCUGGAACAGUUUGAUAUCUUCCAGGCAAAAUGGACAGUCCUGACCGUCAGAUAUAAACAGGGAAUCUCCGACAGGUUUGGGAUUGGAUUCUUGGGGGGAGGGGGGGCGCUUAUCUUAAGAAGCUAUUUGCGUUUUUUUUUUUUUUUGUGCUAUGUUCUGGCCUUGUUUUUUUUUCCCAGAACGCUGUAAUAUGUUGCCCUCAGGACAUUUCUGAGAAUGUCUUUGAUCUUCCAGAGGAGCUUUCCCACUCCCCUGUCUUCCCAAAAAAACAACAACAAAAAAAAAACAAACAAAAAAAAAAAAAAAAGCCCUCCUACACCUUCGA